UCCAUUCAUUCGCAGCUGCUCGCCGCAGCCGGCUCCCCUGCAGUGCGCCGGACGGGCUGAGCCGCAGGGUCCCCCGCGCCUUCCGCACCGGGGCCCGGCUACAUCGCCCCCUCCCCACCUGACCGGGCUCCGGUUCCAUCGCCCCAUCCGGACCGGGCCCCGGCUCCAUCACCCCCUCCAAAGUGGGCACUGGCUCCAUUGCAUCCUCCCUGCUGGACACAGGCUUCAUCACUACCUCCCUGUGCCAGCCUAGUGGGCAGUGUCGAGGUCGCCCCUGGGCAUCCCUAAAGUGGGCGUGAUUCCGGCAGGAUGUGGGUCAGGGCAGCUGGCUGGGUGUGGGCACCACCCAGGGAUUUGCUGAGUGACCAGUUUGCAGCUCUGCAGUGACACUGAGACAGCGACUGGACGGGACCGAGCUGGGACUGCAGUGACAUUGCCCCCCCACCCUCCCCCGGACUCUGGGCACCCAGUCCUGACAGCACCAGUCCCAGGCAGAGCAAGUGCGUCCCUUGUGAGCCUGACUCAUUUCAUGGGCUGCCAGGAUCCAGGUGGCAGCAGCUGAGCUGUGGACUCUGCUCUGUGGACCAGGAGAGCUGCGUCUGGACGGGGUCGCUGUGGAGGGCAAGGGACCCAGGCCUGCUGACAGCUCCCCCUGCUCCCCUGUUUAUGGCUCCUCCGGCCAGCCCUGUUGUCUGCCCUGGGCUGGGGGGGUGCCCCUUUCCCAGCAGUGCUGGGCCCUGGGCCCAUCUGGGGUGUCGCAUGGCCACGGGGGCAGCCAGGCUGUGCUAGCCUCUGCCUUGAGGAACGGGCCGGCCAGGACCAGCUGGGAGCAUCCGGCCAGGACAUUCCAAGGCGCAGGCUGGGCAGUGCAGGGCACCGAGCCCUUGGCUAUAAAUACCCUCCUGGAAGAUUCCUGUCGGGGAUCGUCUGUCCGCUGAGCACGGAGCCGGCGGGCAGGGGCAGAGGGGGACCCACAGCACCAGCCCCCCUGAUCCCAGGAACCGCAUCAUGGCUCUGCUGGGCCCAUCACUCCUCAUCUGCCUCAGCCUCGUGGCGUUGUGCUGGGCCGGCUGCGUGGAGGUGGAGUCCCACACCGAGGCCGUUUUCGGGAUGACCUUCAAGAUCCUCUGCAUUUCCUGCAAGAAGCGGAGCGAGACCGCAGCCGAGGCCUACACGGAGUGGUACUUCAAGGAGAAGGGCACUGAGACCUUCACCAGGAUCCUGCGCUACGACCCCGAUGCGCUGCUGGAGGUGGUGGACGAGCGGUUCCAGGAUCUGGUGGUGUGGAACGGCAGCAAGAACACGCGGGACCUGCAGGAUCUGUCCAUCUUCCUGACCAACGUGACCUAUGCGCAGGCGGGCGAGUACUUGUGCCGUGUCGACCGCAACCUCACCUUCAACGGCUACGUCUACAACAUCGUCAUCAACAAGACCAUCCACGUCGCAGUGGUGGACAAGGCGAAUCGGGACAUGGCGUCUAUCGUGUCGGAGAUCAUGAUGUAUGUGCUCAUCGUGGUGCUCACCAUCUGGCUGGUGGCUGAGAUGAUUUAUUGCUACAAGAAGAUCGCGGCGGCCACUGAGGUGGCUGCACAGGAGAAUGCCUCCGAGUACCUGGCCAUCACGUCGGAGAGCAAGGAGAACUGUGCAGGGGUGCAGGUGGCGGAAUAGCUCUUGAGGGCCGUCGGUGAGCCUGAGGGACCUCGUGUGGCAGGCCUGAGGCGACGGUGAGGAAUGAAUGAAGGACGAGGGGAGUGAUUCAAGAUGGGGUGCACCCCAGAGAGUGCCCCGCAACUGGCUCCCCCACACACCCUGCAUGCUUGGUGCCGCCCCCAAACAAAGCAUGUUGUUAUGAAUCCUAGUGCUCGCUCUCCCAGCCCCACGGGGGGCGGACAGUGGGCACCUCGCUCUUUUAGGUACAUCCCUUCGCCUCACAGUGAGCGAGGCUGCCCCCACCACAAUGCAUGAUGGGGGAAGCAACAUGGCCACUGCUCAUGCAAUGCAAAGCUUGGCCUCGGCCUGCUCCAGCCCCCUUGCCCCCACCUCUGGGCACUGCACUCGUGCUUUCUGGUUUGCACAUUUCUCGCGCUUCAGGUUGUUUUGGUGACUUCACUGCCAGCAUGUUCUGGGUCUGAGGAGCGGGGGCCUGACAUGGGACAUCCUGGUCGGGGAGGGAAGGGCAUCAGAGCCCCAAACAGCUUCCAGCGUGGUCCCAGGUUACCAGCGCAAAGCGUCAGCCUCUCAGGGACUUGGGUGAGGCCUCCAAGCUGGCCGCCCAGUGGGUUCCUAGGCCUCAGCCGGACUCGAAGCAGUGUCCAGGACGCCUGCAUCCUGGGAUCCCAUGGUCCCAGCCACAUGAGAGGAUGGGGGAUGCCUCCAAAGUGGCUGUCCAAUGGGUUCCAACUUGGCCACACCCAAGGCACUGUGGGGAUGGGAGAAAUGUCCAAGAUGGCUGCCAAGGGGUCCUGAGGCCCAACCCAGAGGCUGAGACAGGCAUACAAGAUGGCUGCCUUCAGGACCCCAGGCACGUUCCCUAAAGGAGCUAGUGUUUCCAUUUGCAAAUGGGACGUUCCCCAUUGCCCCAGGGGGCUGCUUUGCUGCUUUGUGGACUCCCAGGGCAGACUCCCCUGGGUCCCCCACCCUCCAUCCCCUCCCAACGGUCAAGGCAUGGUAGGCAGGACAGGGCUGGGUUAGGACUCUUCCAGGUCCAUGGCACUCAGACAGCUCCUCCCAUUGGGGGGGGGGCCCACAGAGGUACCUGAGGUGUUUGCUAGUGAGUGCCCCCCUCAGCCUUCCAAGGGGUGCUGCAGACUCUAACCCCUCCCCUCCAUGCACUGACACCUGAGAUACUAGCUGCCCCCAUGCCAUCCAGCCCCCCAUGCAAUAUCCCCCAGUGCCAUAACCUUCCAUGCCAUCCAGCCCCCCAGUGCCCAUAGCCCCCAUGCCAUCCAGCCAUAUCUCCCAUGCCAGCCAGCCCCUUCAAUGCCAUCUUUCCAAAGCCAUAUUCCUUAUGCCAGCCAGCACCCCUAUACCAUCCCACUCCCCAAUGCGAUGUCCCUCUCAGUCCCCCUGGCCCAGGGGACCCAUCACCUCAACCCAGCCACUCUGGGCUCUUCAGGGAAUACAGCUGAGUGGCUUCUGGCCCCUCCUCCUUCGACCCUUGGACAGGUCCUGGGGACCCGCCUGUCACGGUGCCGUAGGGGCUGUUCAUGGAAUAAAGAGACUGGAUUUCAUCCUGCA